GAUGAAAACAUAAAAGUAAACAUCUUGCAUCAGACCCAAUCAAAAUACUGUCUGUGGCAAAAGCAGGGAGGCAGGACAUGUCCUAGUUAAACAGUAAACCUUGAAUAAUGCAUUCUGAUUUUAAGGAUUGCAUUUCCCUUCAGCUUCCUGAAAUGAAUCACACCGGUGUUCUUCCCUGAAGGAUGUUGCGACAUCCUUCAGAGGGGGGCUUAAGCAAGGCUCAGGAGGAGCAUCUUGUCCUUUUGCCUGUUUGAAUCUAAGGCAGAAAGAGCCACAAGCUUGCUACAGCCUAAGGAGCUUGAACCCACUCUCUUGUGGAGGUCAGGGCUGUGUUUGUAGAACAGUCAGUUGCUGGACAUGUUUGCGGGCAGAGAGAACAGUGUGGGCAGACGACCUAAAGCUGCACUGCACUAGCUACCCUGAUCUCACAGACGGGGAAAAAGCACCGCAAUUAGUGAAGGCAGCCAGCUAUACUGCUGUAAUCAACCAGCCCUGGUUCAGGUUUCCCCCUGUGGCCUGUGGGGUCAGGUUCCCCCCCAACCCUUUGAGGAAGGUUUCCCGUUACCCAUGAAUGAUUCAUCCAGGUUUCCAACUAGAGAUCCAGUGCUUGGAAGCCCACAGCAUUGAAUGCAGAGGCCAGGGACUCUGCUACGGGAUCAUAACCGGGAACUGGAUCAGAUUUGGGACCCCAUGAACCUGCUUGGAGAUGGCGACGCUGAAGGCUACCUCGCAUGGGGACCUGCAGAGCUGGUCUUUGGGGAAGACCCCAGCGCUGGAUGGGGGUCUGUCCAAAUCCUUCUCCCUCAGCAGUGGCAGCAACGCCACGGGCCGCUUCCCCCACAGUAAAGACGGAGAGGAGGACAUCCAGGAGCUGAGCCGGGUGUCCAGGCCCUACGGCCGCCGGCCCAUUCGAGCAGUCAGGCCGGUCAGCGCUCUCAGCCCCAGCGCCUCCUUCCUCCAGAUCAACCGCCUGCAGGGAGAGCUGGUGAGGAAGAGGAAGGAAUGUGAGGACCUGAGGCAGCAGAAUAAGUAUCUGUCCAAUGAGAUCCACAUGGAGAGGAUAAUGAUGAGGACUGAGAGUGAGCUCACCAUGAGGAACCUAAGGAACCUCAACCAGGAGCUGCAGGCGCAGGUCAAAGAGCUGAAGCAGAAGCUGCAUCAAAGCCAGCAGAGGGCGACGCUGUGCUCGCGGGCGGCGGAGGAGGCCGACGCAUCACGGGGCGAAGCUGAGAAGGGCCGGGCGCUGGCAGAGGCCCGCGCAAUCAACAGCAGGCAGGAGAGAGAGCAAGUGCUGGAGGAUAAGGCCCGGAUGAGUGAGGACUUCCUGCAGCUCAAGAACAGGCAUGCUGACGUUCAGUCGCUCCUGGCCAGAACAGAGAAGAAUUACUUCGAGACAAAGAUAAAACUGGACAGGGCUUUGUCAGAGAGGCAGGUGCUCCUGGAAGAAAAUCACAGCUUUGAGAAAGAGAGAAAUGACCUGAGGAAAAACGUGAAGCAACUGACAGAGGAGAACAGUAAACUCAAAGAGAGGGAGGCGAGUGCUCGGCACAGGGCGGAGGAUGCGGAGCAGCAGGCUGCGAAAGCCAACGAGGCGCAGAGGGAGGCGGAGCGGGAACGGAGGCUGGCCGAGGCAGAGAGGCAGGACAGCGCCACAGAGUGCCAGAGCUGGAAACAGAAGCACCAGGCCCUGGCUGACAUCUUCAGAGCCCAGGAGGACCUGAAGGCCCAGAGGCAGAACAAAGCAAGUCAAGCCAAUAUCAAGAGUUACUUCCUGUGCAUGACUGAGAGCGACCAGAGGGUGAAGAUCCUGAAGAACCAGGAUGGAAGCCCCCGGAACUUUACGGAAGGCGAUCCUGUGUACAUCUCCACACCGGACUCUGGGAGUGAGGAUGCUGGCAGAGGCACAGAGAGGACCAUGUACAGGGUGGUGGCUCCCAGCACAAGGAAGGGGACAGGCUCCGCCCACUUCAGCGAGCUCUCCCCGAUUGCAGCAGAGCCACCGGACAUCACCCCGCCAAGGAGGAACAAGAAGGUGGUGGAGUAUUUCUGGCUCCCUACAGAUGAUGAAUGACAUGACAGCUCUAUGGCUACUGUGUGUCUGCAGACAGGUUCUAGUCUACCGGUUAAAUACCCAACCUGUAAUAGUUCCAUGGUUACUGUGUGUCGACUCUAGACAGGUUCCAGUCUGCUGGUUAAAUACCCAAGCUGUGUUGAAGUGCAGCUUAUUGUACACAUUUGGUUGUAAAACAUUAAAAUGUGAUUUUGACACUG